CGGCAUUCUGGCGCGGAGCGGAGCGGAGCGGAGCGGCGGUGGGCGCAGCUAGCGGGUCGGGCGCGGAGCGGGGGUGCAGCUUGGUUUCCCCCCGACACCCCUCCCCCUCAGACGCGAGCCCCACCCCUCCGCCGGCCAGGCCCACCCGACCGAACUAUCCCCUGCGGCGCGAGCCCGGGGCGGCUCCGGGCGCCCCCCCAGCAGAACCCCCCACCAUGGGCAGCCAGAGCUCCAAGGCUCCCCGGGGCGACGUGACCGCCGAGGAGGCAGCAGGCGCUUCCCCCGCCAAGGUCAACGGACAGGAGAACGGCCACGUGAAAAGCAAUGGAGACUUAUCCCCCAAAGGUGAAGGGGAAUCGCCCCCCGUGAACGGAACAGAGGAGGCAGCGGGGGCCACUGGUGAUGCCAUUGAACCAGCACCCCCUAGCCAGGGCGCUGAGGCUAAGGGGGAGGUCCCCCCCAAGGAGACCCCCAAGAAGAAGAAGAAAUUCUCUUUCAAGAAGCCUUUCAAAUUGAGCGGCCUGUCCUUCAAGAGAAAUCGGAAGGAGGGUGGGGGUGAUUCGUCUGCCUCCUCACCCACAGAGGAAGAGCAGGAGCAGGGGGAGAUCAGUGCCUGCGGCGAGGAGGGCACUGCCCAGGAAGGGAAGGCUGCUGCCACCCCCGAGAGCCAGGAGCCCCAGGCCAAAGGGGCAGAGGCCAGCGCUGCCGCCAAGGGAGGAGACGCAGAAGAGGCAGGGCCCCAGGCCGCAGAGCCAUCCACUCCCUCGGGGCCAGAGAGUGACCCUGCACCGGCCAGCGAGCAGAAUGAGUAGCUGGGUGGGGGCAGGUGGGUGAUCUCUAAGCUGCAAAAACUGUGCUGUCCUUGUGAGGUCACUGCCUGGACCUGGUGCCCCGGCUGCCUUCCUGUGCCCAGAAAGGAAGGGGCUGUUGCCCCCUAGCCACGUUCCCUCUCCUUCUCUCCCUCCUGUGGAUUCUCCUAUCAUCCAUCUGGUCUUCCUCUUAAGGCCAGUUGAAGAUGGUCCCUUGCAGUUUCCCCAAGUUAGGUUAGUGAUGUGAAAUGCUCCUGCCCUUGGCCCUACCUCCUUCCCUGUCCCCACCUGUGCCGAAGGCAUUUGCUGGUUUUCUUACCCAGUUCUUUUCCAAGUAGGUUUUGUUUACUCCCCAAAUCCCUGAGCCAGAUGUGGGGGUGCCUACACCCCCAAACCCUGAGUGUCCAGCCUCCCCCUGUUGAGUUUUUAGUCUCUGUGCUGUGCCUAGUGGCACCUGGGCUGGGGAGAACACUGCCCCUGUCUAGGUUUUUAUAAAUGUCUUACUCAAGUUCAAACCUCCAGCUUGUGAAUCAACCCGUGUCUCCUUUUUUGACUUGGUAAGCAAGUAUUAAGCUUUGGGGUGGGCGGGAGGUCUGUAAUGUGAAACAACUUCUCGUUGUCUUUUUUUCCCCCUCCCAUUGUUGUAAAUAACUUUUAAUGGCCAAACCCCAGAUUUGUACUUUUUUUUUUUUUCUAACUGCUAAAACCAUUCUCUUCCACCUGGUUUUACUGUAACAUUUGGAAAAGGAAUAAAUGUUGUCCCUUUA